AACUGACACCUCUCACCCCCCCGUGACCCCUCACCCUGGAGACGGCCACUUCCGGCCUUCACAACGGGACAUAGGGAGGGGAAUAGAUCCCCGUGACCUCUCACCCUGGAGACGGCCACUUCCGGUCUUCACAAUGGGACAUAGGGAGGGGAAUAGAUCCCAGAGACCGGAAACUGACACCUCUCAUCCCCGUGACCUGUCACCCUGGAGACAGCCACUUCCGGCCUUCACAACGGGACAGGGAGGGGAAUGGAUCCGAGAGACCGGAAACUGACAUCUCUCACCCACCGUGACCCCUCACCUUGGCGACAGCUACUUCCGGUUGUGCGCCUGGAGAGGGAGGUAAAUGCUGGUGUCACCUUCCCCUCCCUCCUGUUGCCAGCAGAACGGAAAUGAACACUUGAGAGGUACACAUUUUGGCAUUCGCAGUGUAAUUGAAAACCCACCCAGUGAAGUACUGCAACAGGAAAAAGACAUCAAACUUAUAGCAGCAUAAUACAUGAAGUGAGGAGGAAUGAUAACCUCAGGCUACUUUCCCUUGGAGCUGUCUGAACAUUAACCAUCGCACCCAGCACUACCAGAUAUGGCACACAUCACGCUGAAUCAGUAUUUACAGCAGGUCCUCGAGUUCAUCGACAGUAGGGAUGGUGAUUCCUGUGCUGAGUUUUUGUCAUUUAAACAUCCUCAUGUUGCAAACCGUAGAUUACAGUUAGCAAGUCCAGAGGAGAGAUGCCAGCAGAUCCUGGAACCUCCUUAUGAUGAAAUGGUGGCGGCUCAUUUACGAUGUGCCUAUGCUGUUGCAAACCAUGAUUUUGUGGAAGCGUGCAAAUAUCAAACAUUUGUGGUUCAAUCAUUCUUGAGGGCAUUCCAAGCUCACAAGGAGGAGAACUGGGCUCUACCGAUAAUGUAUGCAGUAGCUCUGGACCUACGAAUCUUUGCAAAUAAUGCUGACCAACAACUAGGGAAGAAAGGAAAGGGCAAAGUGGGAGAUAUGCUGGAGAAAGCUGCAGAACUGCUGAUGAGUUGUUUCCGAGUCUGUGCCAGUGACAACCGCGCUGGAAUCGAUGACUCAAAGAAGUGGGGAAUGCUAUUUCUCAUCAAUCAGCUGUUCAAAAUAUAUUUUAAGAUCAAUAAACUCCAUCUAUGUAAACCUUUAAUCAGAGCCAUUGACAGCUCCAGUUUAAAGGAUGAGUACAGCAUGGCACAAAGGGUGACAUACAAAUACUACGUUGGGAGGAAAGCCAUGUUUGACAGUGAUUUUAAACAAGCUGAAGAAUAUUUAUCGUUUGCAUUUCAGCAUUGCCAUAAGUCCAGCCAGAAGAACAAGCGGAUGAUUUUGAUCUACCUGCUACCUGUCAAGAUGCUCCUUGGCCACAUGCCAACAAUCCAGUUGUUACGAAAGUAUGACCUUUUGCAGUUUUCUGAUGUCACCAAGGCUGUUGGUGAAGGGAACCUUCUGCUCCUGAAUGAUGCUUUAGCAAAACAUGAAGCCUUCUUCAUUCGCUGUGGAAUCUUCCUCAUACUUGAGAAACUGAAAAUCAUCACGUAUAGAAAUCUUUUCAAGAAAGUGUAUUUGCUGCUCAGGACACACCAGCUGCCACUUGAUGCUUUUCUGGUUGCCCUUAAUUUCAUGCAAGUUGAGGGUGUUGACAUUGAUGAAGUCCAGUGUAUUUUGGCAAACCUCAUCUACAUGGGACACAUCAAGGGUUAUAUCUCUCACCAGCAUCAGAAGCUUGUUGUCAGUAAACAGAACCCUUUCCCACCACUAUCCUCUGUGGCUUAACAAAUCAGGGUUGGAAGUUCAUGUAUUGCUCCCCACACUUAUCCCAGGACAUGCAUGUAGUGUUGGUUGACGGCUUCAUACCCAAGGAUCAUUCAUCUAAAGCUCGGGAUGAUGUGACGCGCAUCCCAGUGACUAUUUCCUGUGAUCAGUUUGAGGCACGUCCUCUGCCAUUGUCCCAGUGUCAUUUUGUAUUUCCCAUUAAAGAUGCACAUGUAAUGCAAGGUAUAUUUUGUUUACUUAAACUUGUUAAAUGACAAUGAUGGAAUAAACACAAACUAUUCUUUUUAUUGAA